AUGACCACUAACGUGGACGCCAUUCAGGAGCGGGGGCUGGCGGACAUCCUCGCCCGCAACGGCGACGCCGAGUACCUUGCGAAAUGUGGCCUCGCCGGCGCCGGCGCUUCCGACCGAGCCACUUUCCGUCCCAAGGUGCCCAUGGCGACGUACGACGACUUGAAGCAGUACAACUUGCGCAUCGCCAACGGCGACAGGUCGCCCAUCCUGUCAGGCUCUGUGCACCCCAUUUCCGAGUUCAACGUCAGCUCCGGCACGUCGGACGGCGAGCCCAAGCUGAUCCCGGCCGUCAAGGAUGAGGAGCGGGGGCUGGCGGACAUCCUCGCCCGCAACGGCGACGCCGAGUACCUUGCGAAAUGUGGCCUCGCCGGCGCCGGCGAUUCCGACCGAGCCACUUUCCGUCCCAAGGUGCCCAUGGCGGCGUCUGACGACUUGAAGCGGUACAACCAGCGCGCCGCCAACGGCGACAGGUCCCAUCCUGUCAUCCUCCGCCACCCCAUUUCCGAGUUCAACGUCAGCUCCGGCACGUCGGACGGCGAGCCCAAGCUGAUCCCGGCCGAGCGGGGGCUGGCGGACAUCCUCGCCCGCAACGGCGACGCCGAGUACCUUGCGAAAUGUGGCCUCGCCGGCGCCGGCGAUUCCGACCGAGCCACUUUCCGUCCCAAGGUGCCCAUGGCGACGUACGACGACUUGAAGCAGUACAACCUGCGCAUCACCAACGGCGACAGGUCGCCCAUCCUGUCAGGCUCCGUGCACCCCAUUUCCGAGUUCAACGUCAGCUCCGGCACGUCGGACGGCGAGCCCAAGCUGAUCUCGGCUGUCAAGGAUGAGGUCAACUGCCGCAUGCUACUCCAUGGCCUCGUCAUGGCAGUCAUGAACCAGUAA